AUGGCUCCCAACGGUCAUUGUGAGUCUGGCAAAAAGCGCGCCCGCAACGCUUGCGAUGAAGCACCUGCGUCAUGGCUCGAUAAGCACGGCCAGCCAGAGUAUGAUGCAUACAAGCGUGCAACUAUCGGUCAAUGCCUAUCGUUCGAUGCUUGGAAAAGGUCCAAUCAGCACACCAACGGUCUCUCGCUGUACUACAAGACAUUGGACAUUCUUGACGAGUCUGACUCGACCGACGGAGAUGAUCAAACGGUCAAAGCCAAGGUGCAACCUCCCAAGGUGCGUGGCCAAGUUGGGCGCCCAAGGAAAUCAGCUUCAACAGCUGGUAACGGAGUUCAGCGAUCCGUUGAAUCUGCGAAAUCAUCAUCCGCCGCAAACGCGGAGGACCUAAGUCCAUCAGCAAAGAAGAAGCGAAAAGCGCGCAAGAAGCCAUUGGAAAUCGUUGCUUCAGGCAGCGAUAGUGGAGAAGGCGCCCACGAGUUUGGUGGCACUUUGGUUGAAGCGGCCGAAUCACCCAUCACUACUGUUGCCAGCGGGCGCAAGUCUUCUACCCGCAAAGCUAAAAAGAAGCCUAUCUCCGAAGAGACUAUUUCGCCUGAUGAUGAAGUCGAGGACCCAAUGGAAAAGACGUGGGACGAGAUCGAAACGCCAGCGAAGGCAUCUCCGCUACCCGUCCGACCUGCUCAUAAGACACCGGCGGCGGUGCCUGCCUUGGGUUCGCCCAAGAAGACGCACAUACUCAAGUUGAGCACGCGAAAGACACCAAAAGAGAGAACCUCUCCCGAGAAUAUCGCUAGUGUAGAUGGCGCAAAUGUUCCGGCCCACACUACUACGCCCAGUACCGAUGGAGCUGUCAAUGGGCCAACCAUCACUGUCAAUACGGACUUAACAUCCACAUUUGACGACGAAGCGAAUCGCGACACAGGUUCUGCUGCGGCUUCGCCGGACACACCAAACGCCGCCACCGGCUCCACCAGACGCGGACUUAGGACACGAAAGCCUGCGCAGCAAAGACCUUACUAUCACGAUUCACAGUUAUUCGAGCACGUAGAACCUACUAAUGGGGCCGGACAGGACCUAGACAGCAUGUCGCACAACGCACAGAGCAGAAGAGUAUCGGCGACGUCUUUGAGCAGAAACAUCGAUGACGCGCUGCUUGAGGCAAUUGCUCUCUUAGAGGAAGAGCCCGAACCCGAGCCCACUCGACCAAAGCAUUUCAAGGGAAAAGGCCGAGCAUGGAAGAAAGAGGGAUCAGAUGAAGACGAAGAAUUUUCCCUCGCGGCGAGGAAAAAGGCAGCAAAAGCAGCAAAAUUGAAAGCCAAAGGCCAAGUACCCAAGAAACGAGGCAGGCCCAGAAAGAGUGGCCGUUCUGAAGAGGUUGUAGAAGACGAAAUAGAGGAGGACAAAGAUAUGGUCAAACGGAAGCGACCGCCUCCCCGGAAGAGUGCUCUAUCUGAAGAGAUUGUUCCUGAUAGCUCUGAUGACGGUGAAGAAGAGAAGCAGUUUGAAGAAUCUACAACACCCAAAUACUCGCCAAAGCGGUCCUAUACACCAACGGGCUUGCCUGCUUGGGUAAAUAUGGCCGACAAGGGCGCGAAUAAAAUGUCCGCAUUUGGUACCUAUGAUGAAGCCGAGUCUGUCAGUCCAUCGAGGAAGUCUACAUGA